AUGGCCAUCUUCAAAGGCUUCGUCGAGAGGCUCAAGUCUUUCAGUCCACAGGAAAGAAGAGCCAUAUUCUUCUACAUCUGCGGUAUCAUGCUGUACAAGUUCGGCCUUGAAGCGUUCAACGGGUCAAUCACCGCGCUCGCCACGAACCGUUACGACUACGAAAGCGACACUAGGGGCACGCCAUCCCGCACUUUUGAACGACUCGGUCUCCUCCAGGGACUGAACCAAGCCACGCAGUGUGUCGGCUCCAUCUUAAUUGCACCUCUCAUCAAACACUACCGGACGAAGAAUGUUCUCUCAGCAGCCAUCGUCCUCUUUGGUCUGAUGACGGCAAUCCUGCUCAUCCUCGAUGCUGCGACGGGGGGUACUUUUGUUCCAGAAGCGUACCGAAAGAAGCACCCCAAAGAUGAAUGGUCUUACUACGGAGAUUACAACAACGACGCCAUUAUACCCAUCUACACGGUCACGGGCAUCGCAUAUGGCAUGGUUGAGCUCAUCCGCCGCGUUAUCCCGCGAGAUAUCGUCGGAGGGAACGUUCAGAAACUUCGUCAAAUGGACAGUUUGGUACACAUUUUUUACGAGGUCGCCGGUACAUCAGGGGCCUUCGUCACAGCGCUGGUCCUCAUUCCCAAUCUCGGCAAUAAUCGCUCCUUCGUCAUCACCCCAAUCUGCUUCUCUCUCGCGGCAGUUCUGUGGUUCUUUGUCGUGGACGGCAGCCACGACCGCAACGCCCUCGCGCGAGCUGAAGCCCGCAAAAGCAAUUACUUAAUCAAUAUUGGCAAGGGCUUCCUCCUCUUCUUCGAGUCCAUAUGGGUCGGCGCCAAGAUCCUGUUCACCUCGACGAGAUUCGUCUGGCUGGUCCCGGCAUACGGUGUAGCCCUUUAUGGGCACCGAUAUCUCGAAAAUGGCAUCGCACCCCAAGUGGCACGACGGUACCUGGGCAACUCGGCAUGGUCACAAAUCAUGGUCGGCGGCUCUAAUUUUGGUGAACUCCUGGGUGCGCUGUUCGUCUUCCUGUUCACGAACGUGAUCAAGACGCCCAUUCCGUGGCUUCGCUUAGAUGCCCUGAUGUUGCUCAUUGUUUGGUACAUCCCCUAUUGGUAUCCGCCCUCGGGGCAGGUCGGCCAGGCCUGGAUCGUCGCCGCCACAUUUUUGCCAGUUUCGUUCGGUUGGGCCGCGGGAGACGUGUCUCUGGCCGCUUUUAUCCAGGCUUCUCUCGCCAGGCUAGAGGACAAGGAGAACAGGGUUUCGCCUCUCGGGGCGGUUAUGGCGUUCUUGUAUUCCUUCUACAUUGUCACAUAUGCGAUUGCCGGCACCUUUCUCGGAAGAUACAUCGAUGGCGUGUACAACCGAACAGGAUCAGUGCGAGAGGCGCUGGUGAAUACCGCAGGAGUGCACUUCACUGUCAUCAUGGUCACAGUGUUUGCAUCGACGUUUAUUCCCAAGGGUUCUCGGUGUUUCAACCCCGAGAUGCUGGAUGACACGAAGUUGGACGAGGACAUCGAAGAGUGCCUACCGUCGCCAUCUGACAAGGAUAUCAAGAGCGAUGUUGAGCUGAAAAAGGAGGCGCCCGUAGUCGUCUUUUGA